AUGAAGGCGAAUCGCGUCUUCUUCUCAUGGCGAUUUCUAUCUUCUUCCCCAAUUCGCCAUGAAUCAGGUAAAUCUCUUUGUUGCUCCCAAUCGUCUCUACUUUAUCGUUGUUUAUGUACAAAAGGAGCUGUAGUUAAUUUCAAUUUCCGCGAAGAAACGAAGAACAUUAGUGGGUUGGAUGAUGCUCUUAGCCUGUAUGAAAACAUGUCGAGAACGAGGCCUCUACCAAGUAUAGCUCAGUUUACUCGGUUACUCUCGCAUGUCGUCCAUCUGAAAGAGUACUCUGCUGCUAUUAACCUUUUCAAAGACAUAUGCAGUUUAGGGGUUUCAGUCAAUGAAUACACUAUGAAUAUUGCUAUCGACAGCUUUUGCCUUUCGGGCCGGGUCGAUUAUGGGUUCUCCAUUCUGGGUUGGUUCUUCAAGAGGGGCUGUACUGCGAAUAAAUAUACCUUCCACACUUUACUGACAGGCCUGUUUCGAGAGAAGAGGAUUGACGAUGCACAAGAGUUGUUAAGGAAGAUGGUUGAAGAAAGGCUUUGUGAGCUAGGCGUUGUGACUUGUAGGAUUGUGUUCGAAGGGCUUCACAAGGUCGGUAAGACCUCGAUGGCCAUUGAACUCCUCGGAACAAUGGGAAAUGGGACACUCGAGCCCAAUGCACAUAUAUAUAGCAUUGUUAUUGGUGUAUUGUGUAAGAAUAGAAUGUUAGACUCGGCCUUGGUGCUUUUCAACGAAAUGCCCGAGAAGGACAUCCUACCCAAUGUCGUCACUUACAAUUCCUUGAUCGGUGGUUUGUGUAAUUUCAGUCGUUGGGAGGAAGUAAAAAAGCUGAUUAAGGAGAUGAUGUUGCUCAAGAUAUUUCCGAAUGUGGUCACAUUCGCCAUCUUGAUUGAUGCUUUAUGUAAGGAAGGAAUGGAGGAUGAAGCAGAGGAUGUAUUUGAAAUUUUGAAGCAGCAUGCAUUUCCAAAUGUCGCCUGUUACCGUGCAUUAAUGAACGGAUUUUGUCUUCAAGGGCGUAUGGUUGAAGCAGAAAAGGUAAUCGAAAUUAUGAAGCAGCAGCGUGUAAUUAGUGUCGCCUGUUACAAUGCAUUAAUGAAUGGGUAUUGUCGUCAAGGGCGUAUGGAUAAAGCGAGGAAUGUUUUCGAUUCUUUGGGUUGUAGCAAGAAUUGUGCUCCUGAUGUUAUUAGCUAUGGCACAUUAAUCAAUGGCUAUUGUAGAAAGAUGAAGAUGGAUGACGCUAUGGUUAUCUUCCGCGAGAUGCCUCAUAAAGGGAUCAAGCCUGAUGUGGUCGAUUAUACCACUAUACUGAGGGGUUUCUUUCGUGUGGGCAAGUGGCACUUAGCUCUUGAUAUUUUUUAUGAGAUGCAAGCUGUUGGGCUAAAACCUGACUUCUAUACGUACUGUAAUUUGUUGGAUGGAUUAUGUAGGAAUGGGCAAGUCGAGCGGGCUUUAUCGUUGUUGGUAGUAUUAGAGCGCAAGGGACAACAUCUUCAUAAUGACUACUAUACCAUCGUCAUGAAUGGUUUGAUCAGGUCCAAUGAGCUCAAUGCGGCUCAAGCUAUUUUUGGAAUUAUAGUUUUGAAGGGAUUGGAACAUGAUGUAGUGACCUACAAUGCUUUGAUUAAAGGAUGCUGUCAAAAGGGGCUAUUAGAGGAAGCUAAGGAUCUUCUUUUCAAAAUGGGACGAGCAGGUUUGUCUCCGGAUGAGGUUACUUAUAACACUAUUGUCCAAGGAAACCUAGCAGGUGGCCUAUAUGAUGAUGCAGAAAUGUUUAUAGAGGAGAUGAGAGCCAAAGCUCUUAAAAUUUACCAUGACACUCUUUCUUCCCAGGUUCAGGCGUACACCUUCUUGAAUGAGAGUCAGUUUUUGCACUUCGACUACAGCCUACGCAGGUUCACCCGUGCACCUUCCGGAAUGAAAAUCAGUGGGCUGAGUGCUGGGGGCGGUGGGCCAUGUGUUGGUGAACCAGGUGCUGAGGAAGGAAGGUUGUUCCUUUGCACGGCUGCUCAGCCAGAUCACGAGCUUGCUAACAAAGUAGCCGACCUUGAAGCAAAGUUUCAGGAGAACAAAGCUAUCCUAGUGGAGUUUGCUAACAAAGUAGCCGAUUUUGAAGCAAAGAUCCAAGAGAACAAAGUUAUCCUACUGGAACUGCAUGCUGAGGAUAUAUGUGAGGGGAUAUGGACGACCUUGCUCAAUUGGAAGAGGAGCAAGUAUGCUUAA